AUUGGAAAAGCUGUGGUAUUUAGCACAGGGCUGUAAAACUAUAGGAGUUGGUUAUACUUGGAUAAAGGACAAGCAAAUAAUACUCUGCCAGUUGAGCAGGUAGCCAAGAAACGGAUGACCAAACUGAUUUCUGGGUAGCAAAGGACAUUGCUGGAAAAAGGGCACUAGUACUUAUAAAAAGAAAGAGAUAAUUUUACAAGCAGCCUUUCUUUGAUUACCAGAGAAAGACAGAUGUAGUUUGGCUGUAGGGACCAGAAGAGAUGGGACUUCAGAAAACCCUGGACUCUCUGUGACCACCAAACAAAUCCAAAAAAGCGAUGGAAAAACUGAGGCAGUGAUUCAGAUGUUGCUAUUUUUUAAAUUUGAUUUUCUGUAGGACUUUGUUUCAUGCACUGACUGAAUAAUGUGAUUUUUUUUUCUUUUUAGACAAAAGUUGGCAAAAUUUUAUGUGCUUCAAUUUCUGUGGAUCCCUGAAAAAUGAAACAAAAAAUCAGUACAUCUGUAAAGGUAGCUGCAUGUAUCAGAAACUUGGGAAGUAUUUUAGCGGGAAUGUGGAGGAAAUCAGGCUGUGAAGUGAAAUGAAGCUGCUCAUGGUCUGGGAUUAUUGUUAUCCUCCCAGUUUUAGUUUGCCUGCCUGGCACCAAAACUGUGAGAAGAGUGAGCCCACAUUCCUGCUUCCUGUUUUGUGUUUGAGGAUGAUAUGGCUGAAGCAGGUGGACUUUGCAGCUCCCAUCUAUCACCUGAGCAGCAAACACCAGCAUUUAAUAAUCACAUUCUUCAGAAUGCAACACGAGCUACAAAAGCAUACAAAUAGGCUGGGAGCAUGCGGAGUUGUGGAGGAAAGAACAGCGUGUUCCUCAAAAUUUGCAAGCACCCAUUUGGAGGAGUGCUGCGAGAAAGAACUGCCGUGGAGGGCUGGGGAAAGAAGGAAGCUGGUGAUAUUUGGAGUGAUGGUGUUUGUCUCACUGAGUCACUGGUACAGGAGUGUGGCUUUCCUGGAAAUGGCUGAACACCCAUCUGCCCAUGCACCUUGCAGAACAGACUAUGGUUCAGACACCUGCUUGAUGGAGAGAACACCUGCCCAGAGAACAAGCAAAAGGAGAUGUGCUUCUGGCUCUGCAUUUCUUGUAUCCACCCCAAGACUGCUGCUGCCUGUCAGCUUUGCUUUAGGAUCAAUUAAACCUCAGACAUCUCUUCUGCUUCUGGAGAUCUUAAUAUUGGGUGUUUUCAAAAGACACUGGUAAUCAAGCUGGGACCCUCAUCCAGCCAGGAGUGUGUCAGGAAGUAAGAAGGUUUACCCUUUUGAGAGAGAAGAGAGGCUUAGGAGAUAGGUAUGCAACAUGACUGGUUAAAUAUAAAAUAAAAAGUCCCUUUUGGUUGUGACAGAGGCAAACUUAUGCACUAGCUUCAGUGGCACUACAGACAUGAAGAGUCAGGUCCUGAGCACAUGCUCAGGUGUGCCACAUACUCCAGGUCAAAUUGGUCCCCUAGAAUAACGAGAUGACUGCAGUAAAGGCAGCCCUAGCCUGUAGUGAGGUCACAUAAGCUCAGGGGUGAGUGCCAGUGAGGCAGGAAGCACUGUCCAGCUGCAAGACUUGCAGGC